CAAUUUAUUGAUUCCAGUUUGUCUCCAAUCCUUCACUAUUACAAAUAAUGCUACACAUAACUUGCUCAUGUGUUUAAGUAUUUCUGUAGGAUAGAUUUUGAGAGAAGGAAUUGCUGGAUCAAAGGAUAUGUAUUACAUUUUGAUAGGUACUACUAAGUUACCCUCUUAAAGUGUGCAGUUUAGGCUCCCACAUACAGCAAAUGAAAAUGUCUGUUUUCUUACCAAAAGUGGAAAAACUGCCAUCCCUGCCCUGCAAGUUUCUUUGCCCAAAAUGGCACAAUAUUAAACAACAGAUAAUUAUCCAAAGUAUUUGGUGAAAAUGGUAUUUCUUAGUUUUAAUUAGCAUUAGUAUUUAAUGAUACCUUUAGCUGUAAUGAUGCCGCUAUCAGGUUUUUUAAAAUUUCCCCGCACAUUUCGUUUUAGUCAUUCUAGAAGUAGUAUUUAUUGCUGCUAAUUGAGCAUCCCUAACACUCCUCACUGUAGAUAAACCAACGCUUAAUUAAAGGCCCUGAUGUUCCUAGGCUUCUUCCCACCUGACUCUGGGGGGAAGUCAAACAGCAUGGUGGCAAAGCAACAUUAUCUGAGGCGCUCUCUCGACCAAUACUUUUCUCGUGUGGUCACUACUCAAGGCCAACCCCAGAGUAGCCCUGACACCUCAACUACAAAAUCAUCUGACCUCAGAGCCAACCAAACUCUGGGAAAGAGUAUUUUGCCUCUUGAGCCACCAUCUCUCCAGCGUGGACCUCCUUCCUGGUUAUUUCUCUCAGAUCAAAACCUUAGACUCCAGCCAGGGACGGGGCAAGGACAGGGACCUAGAUCGAGAUGGUGACUGCACUAGGAGGCCGAAUCGCCAGGCGUCGGCUCUUCUGGUUGGCUGUCCAACACGUCAGUCAGAAGCGAGCAAGCUUUUAGUUGGUCCUAUGCAAUGGGAAACGCAAAACCCUCCUCUGAUUGGCCUCUUAAUCGAGGGGCAGGCCAUAGGGAGAGCUGCUGGUUGGGCUGGAAUGGAAGACCAAUGGGAACGCUGUGGCGCUGCUUUCGAAAGCGAAGCCUGCCCAACGGCACCUGGAAGAGUCAGCCGAUUGUCUCGGAGCUCCUGUGGCUUAUUUGCAGCCAUCAGAAAGCGAUCACAAAAGAGCUAUUGCCUUUUCAUCUCUUCAUCAUUUGUGACCUGGAAUAUUGAGCUCUUGGGCUGGCAGAAUUCCAGUUCAUGAGGCAAUCUGUGUCAUUCUGGUCUAGCCAGUCUCUGGCAACCACCAUUCUAUGUUGUCUCAAUGCAUUUGACUACUCUAGAAACCUCAUUGGUCUGGAACCCAACCCACGGUAUCUCCAAGAUAUGCCUGCACUAAGUUUUGAAAUUGGUAAGGAUCUUUGAAUCCUCUGCAAUUCCAGCUAGAAUGCUGUGGCGGGCACUUCGCAGAUUUGGUCAAAAGCUGGUACGCAGACGUGCGCUGGAGCCAGGCAUGGCAGACAGUCGCCUUGCCAGAUGCCUGAGCACCCUGGAUUUAGUGGCCCUGGGUGUGGGCAGCACCUUGGGUGCAGGUGUGUAUGUCCUGGCUGGUGAGGUGGCCAAAGAUAAAGCAGGACCAUCCAUUGUGAUCUGCUUUUUGGUGGCCGCUCUAUCUUCUGUGUUGGCUGGACUGUGCUAUGCGGAGUUUGGUGCCCGAGUUCCCCGUUCUGGGUCUGCGUAUCUCUACAGCUAUGUCACAGUGGGUGAGCUCUGGGCCUUCACCACUGGCUGGAACCUCAUCCUCUCCUAUGUUAUAGGUACAGCUAGUGUAGCCCGGGCCUGGAGCUCGGCGUUUGACAACCUGAUUGGGAACCGCAUCUCACAGACCCUGCAGGGGAGCAUCUCACUGCAUGUUCCCCAUGUCCUUGCAGAAUAUCCAGACUUCUUUGCUCUGGGCCUUGUGUUGUUGCUCACCGGAUUGCUGGCUCUGGGGGCUAGUGAGUCAGCCCUGGUUACCAAAGUGUUCACAGUGGUGAACCUUUUGGUUCUUGGUUUUGUCAUCAUCUCUGGCUUCAUUAAGGGGGACCUGCACAAUUGGAAACUCACAGAAGAGGACUACAAACUGACCAUGGCUGGACUCAAUGACACCGACAGCUUGGGCCCUCUGGGCUCUGGAGGAUUUGUGCCUUUCGGCUUCGAGGGGGUUCUCCGUGGAGCAGCUACCUGUUUCUAUGCAUUUGUUGGUUUCGACUGUAUUGCUACCACUGGUGAGGAAGCCCAGAAUCCCCAGCGUUCCAUCCCUGUGGGCAUUGUGAUUUCACUGUUCGUCUGCUUUUUGGCAUAUUUUGGUGUCUCUUCGGCACUUACGCUUAUGAUGCCUUACUACCAGCUUCAACCCGAGAGUCCCCUGCCUGAGGCAUUUCUCUAUACUGGAUGGGCUCCUGCCCGCUAUGUUGUGGCUGUUGGAUCCCUCUGUGCGCUUUCUACCAGCCUCUUGGGCUCUAUGUUCCCCAUGCCUCGGGUGAUCUAUGCGAUGGCAGAGGACGGCCUCCUGUUCCGUGUCCUUGCCAGGGUCCACACGGGCACACACACCCCCAUCGUGGCCACUGUGGUCUCUGGCAUUAUUGCAGCAUUCAUGGCAUUCCUCUUUGAACUCACUGAUCUUGUGGACCUCAUGUCAAUUGGGACCCUGCUUGCUUACUCUCUGGUGGCUAUUUGUGUUCUCAUCCUCAGGUAUCAGCCUGAGCUGAAGAAUGAGGAGGAUGAGGUAGAGCUGCAGGAGGAGAAGAUCGCCAAAGCAGAGAAACUGACCCUACAGGGACUAUUCUGUCCACUCAACUCUGUCCCCACUCCACUGUCUGGCCAAGUUGUCUAUGUGUGUUCCUCGUUGGUUGCUCUGCUGCUCACUCUUCUUUGCCUGGUGUUGGCCCAGUGGCCCGUCCCCCUGCUUUCCGGAGACCCAGUGUGGACUGCAGUGGUUGUGCUGCUCCUGAUGCUCAUUACUGGGAUCACUGGGGUCAUCUGGAGACAGCCACAGAGUUCCACUCCCCUGCACUUUAAGGUACCUGCUUUGCCUCUCCUCCCACUAAUGAGCAUCUUUGUGAAUGUUUACCUUAUGAUGCAGAUGACAGCGGGCACCUGGGCCCGAUUUGGGGUCUGGAUGCUGAUUGGGUUUGCUAUCUACUUCGGCUAUGGGAUCCAGCACAGCCUGGAAGAGGUUAAGAAUGACCAAGCCCCACUCAAGUCUAGGGCCAAAACUGUAGACCUUGAUCUCAGCAGUGCCUGUACACAUUCGAUUUGACAUCAUCACAACUGAAUGCUGUCUGGUCCCCCUGCACAAUAAUGGAGAGUACCCAUGAGCACACUGGGAAGCCAGGGCUCCCACGGGAUGUGGGUGGGCGACCACUAAUAGAGCUCUGUAUUUAUUGUGGAGUGAAGGAUGUGUCUUUGCUGUUUCUCAUCUUUUUAUUUUUUAUUUUUGGUGGUCUCCUUUUCAAUUUGUCUGUAGCUGCUUACUGGCUUUUACAAAAUUAUUAUUAAAAAGACACUAGAAAAAGAAACCAUGUCUUGUUCUUUGC